AUGGCAACAUUCGACCCAAUCCCAACACAUCUGGAUACUUUAGUCCGCCGUAGAGAUGGCCCAUCCUGCUGCAUGAGCAAGGAGUUUUUGAAAAAGGGCGCUUCGGUUGGAGCUAUUGAGUCGGCAUACGUGGUUCCUCCGUCUAUGAUCCGAAAUCUCGCAUCAGACGAGAGCUCCUUGUUUGAAAUCCUGGAAGCAUUCAUAUCUCCACGGAGUGUCGUUCGACUACAGUCCCUAGUUGAAAGCCAGGGCGAUUCCCAGACCGCUCUGCAGAACCUGUGGUGCUUGUCCCCAAGCAUCCACAAAGUGUUUCGUGAAGGCCAGAUAGAGAUACAGACAAGAGCUGCGAAAAUGGCUGAACUAGGAUACCCACCGGACGAGUGUGGUCGCCUGAAGUACAACGACCAAUAUAUCCUGAAGACACUUCAUCCAGAAGCACCAUCUGAUCUCUUCUACGCGGAUGGAACGGCAGUUGGCGCAGCGGACUUCUUUAAGAUGUCUACACCUGAUUCUACACUGAGCCUACCAAGCAGCUUUCUCAUCGAGGUCCAUUGCCGAUUCGCAACCGCAUUACAUCUCUUUUACAUCGAGGAUAAGAUUGCACUUGGCUGGCCGAAACCGGAAAGAAAUUUCAUCAGCCCAUUCAUCCGACGAGCUUUCUACCAGCUAGCGCGUUGUAUACCACUGUGGAUACGCAUGCGGUUCUACCUUCUCCUCUGGCCAGUUGGAUGCAGAGUCCGGGGACCUACAGGUCCAUUAUGGGUUCAGCGACUACCUUUUGGUUUAAUCAUGAAGGAAUGCAUCCGAGCUCCCCAAAGCGAACCGAACGCCCUCAGACUAGUCGAAAAGUAUACAACCAUCCCAGCCCCUCGAAUUGUCGAUGUUGGGGAAUACAACGGCAAAACAUAUCUAAUCAUGACGCGUCUACCGGGACAGCAUCUGACCGACGUGACGCAUCUCAUGUCCUACGCUGAACGCCAACGUUUUGCCGACGACCUGGCAAAGUGCGUUUCACAGCUGCGAAAAAUCCCCAACGCCACACCAUAUCUCUUCGGAAACACUGUUGGAGGUCCAGUGGUUGAUCACCGUCUCCCAGACGGACAAGCAGGCCCGUUCACCAGCGAAGCCGAUUUCAACAAUCAUCUCACGAGCCAUCUAGGAUGCGCCCCAGACGAAGUUCUCGAUGGCCUGACCAUGCGCCAGGAUCAUCGUUCCUACUUUACACAUUCCGACUUUUUUUCAUUGAACCUGCUCGUUGAGGAUGGCCGGUUGAGCGGUAUUGUUGAUUGGGAGUGCGCCGGUUAUAUGCCCGAGUACUGGGAAUUCAUCAAGGCCAAGAGAGCCGCUCACUGCCAGCCAAUUUUGGAAGCCAUCUUUGACCGCACGUUCGGGCGUACGUAUGAAAAGGAGUGGGAAAUCGAACGGAAAUUGUGGAGGUUGACACCGUUUGGGGUGUGA